AUGUUAUUUACUUUUGUAUUAUUAGGAUUUGUUAAUUCUUCUUGUCUUACUAGAACUUUUGAGGAAUGUUUAUCUCUUAAUGUAGAAUAUCAAGAAAGUUGUCAAUUAUCAUAAGGAGAGUGUAGACCACGACCUUUAAAGUGUACUGAAAUAGAUUCUACUUAUCCAUAAAAUUGUAAAACAAGUGAAUGUUACUAUAGUAAAAGGUUUAAUAAAUGUUUGGUAAUUAUUUACAUAAUGUAUAGUCUUAACCAUUCACUAGACUAUUAAAUGAGAUUGCAAAUAGAGGAGGUUAGCAUCAUUAAGGUGGUUCUACUUAAGGACCUCAUUAAUCAGGACCAUAAUCACCAUCAUAAGGUCCAGUUAGACCACCUUAAUAACCACCUUAAUAACCAUCUUAAUAACCACCAUCUAUGCCACCAUAAUAACCAUCAACAGAAAUUACUCAAGAACAAUCUUCUUAAAAUAAUGAGUAUAUAAUUUAUAAUAUAGAUUAAAAGCUCACCAAUUGAACUAUCAGAAGAAGAAAAUGAUUCGGAAGAAAACUCUACUGAUGAUUAUGAUGAUGAUGAACAAUAAUGUAAAUAUUAAUUACUUAUAAUAGAUACUUCUUAAAAUAAUUUUACAAACCCAAUUAAUACAACAAAUCCAAUUAAUCCUAUGAAUUCUACAAAUUCAACAAUUAAGUCUAAUAGUACUGUUUCAACUGAGUUUAACGAUACAUACCCUGGAUUUUAAUAUUUAAUAGAGGAAGAAAUUAAAGCUAGAUUGAAUACAUCAGAUGAUAGAAAACAAUUGGAAAUAAGGAGUAGUGAAGGGUUAUAGUUAAUGAUUGCCUUAAUAUUGAUGAUAAUUUUGAUAUGA